AUGUCGCUCAAGCUCUCACCCCACGGCGUGCAAGUCACCUCGGCCGCCUUCCUCUCGGUCUCGGAGACUCCGAACGAAGGAUCGCCCCCUCCAGCCGCGCUAAUCAACCUCCCCCUCGCCAACAACGGUGUCGACUUGAGCCAACUCGGUCCGCGCGGCGGAUCGCCGCAGGUCCAGCUCACCAUCUCGGGCGGUUCGGGAAAUGGUUCAGUGACCGUUCCCCUCGCUGCUCCACCUGGUGAUCGGAGCCGCGGAUGGGCCCAGCUCGAAUGUACCGCCCCAAACGUGCUCGCCUACGUCUUAUUUGGAGAGAGGGAGGAUACGGUCGUCAUGAUCGCCUAUCCCGGCACUCUCGAGUUCAUGUCGGCCCUUCCGGACGACUGGAGUUUCGGCGACGUGAGCCUCUGCGGUACGCAUGAGAGUUCGGCGCAGACCGGCUACUUUAUUAGCAAGUGCCAAGAUCGGGACGUUGUCACCCAGCUCAAUGAGGGUGUGAGAGUGCUUGAUGUCCGGAUGCGCCUUAGUGCCACCGGCGAACUGGAGACCUACCACGGUAUCCGGCCCCAAUACUCGACCCUCAAAGUCUACCUCGACGCGAUCGACGCCUUCCUCUCCGCCCACCCGCGCGAGACUAUCAUGAUUUCGCUCAAGGAGGAAACUCCGCCGGACGCCCCCGACUUCUCCAAGGCCGUUUACGACCUCCUCAAAACGUACGGCGACCGGUUCGUCUUCACUGAGCAUGUACCGCGUCUUUCGGAAGUGCGAGGUAAAGCACAGGUAAUGACCCGGUUUGGGAGGAAGGAUAAUGCGCCGUGGAGUGAGGGUCUGGGUUUCCACCCCAAUAGGUGGCCGGACAGUGUCAAGGAAGGCUUCGAGUGCGAUUGCAACGGUACGCCAGUCCGUAUUUCGGACUGGUACGGCCUCGACAGCGCCAUGGACAUUCCACUCAAGGCCGAGGCUGUUACCCAAUUUUUGGAGCAUACCACCUGCUGUCCACCCGGGAGCCAGAUUAGUCUCGCCUUCUCGAGCGCGGCCAAGUUUCCACUUGCGACGCCGCAGUGGGUCGCAAAGGGUGUUGGAGCGCCGACAUUUGGGCUCGGGAUGCACGGGGUCAAUGCCAGAAUCGUGCAUUGGCUCCUCCAGCAGGCUGUGCAGGGGAAGCGGCCGCGGGCUGUUGUCAUGGCCGACUAUUACGACUAUACCGGCUCGGGAGAGGCGGGGUUGGGCGCGCUCCUUGGCGCAAUGAACUAUGUCCAGCAGUAG